GCUGACUUAAUUUUACGCAAUACACACACACAUGCUCGCACGUUGAUGCAUAUGUAACGCUGCCGACGAGUGCCGACGAGCUACUAAAGUUAUUUUUGGACAGCGUUGCGUUGAUUGCGUCGUAAAUAAACGGUAUAUUCGGUGCGGGUUGAGAUUUAAAAGUAUAUAAUUUGAAGAGGAACAAUUUCCCACCUUUUACGCGAGUAUUUCGGCGACGUCUGAACAGUUCUUAUCGCUUCAGUGUGAGCCAAAUAUGGACACCGGAAUUUACGCGUAAUUCACCGCCCGCUGUCCGUUUGGAAAUCCUAACCUCAAAAUCUCCGCGGCAGAGCAGAAACGCGCGGAUCAGAUAUCCGAAAAUCCUCGCUGCUGUUCGACGGAGGUGGUUUGAUCUGCGCUCAAAAAACGCUCCCCGAACUCUUAGCGUCCCUUUUAAAGCUGGCCGUAUUACCGACAUAUGCCGAGGCCACAGCGGUAACGUAUAAUCAAAGAUAACACUUGGUUCGAGAUGUCUCGAUGAACCGAUGAUCUCCGAGUAAAAUGUGGUCUUUCAAAGUAAACAGACAACGGUUGUGACAACAUUCGGCGCGUCAUCUGAUCUCGAAUUGCUCAUUUUACACGUGCUCAAUUAGACCUUCGUCAUUUCUUCUAUCGCACGAUUGUAUCGAAGAUAAAAUAACCCAGAUUCCAUUUUGGUCAGCUCCGAUCUUCACCUCCUCAGUGUUUUCUACAAGCUGAAUAAGUCCAGGAACGAAUCUCGUCGCAAUGAGUUCUCAGCAGAGUCCGGCUGCCCUGCAGGCAACUGUCGACGCCGACAAGGUAUACACGUGGAUUAUCGAAUUGUCUAAUCCUGAGACACGGGAGAACGCCUUGUUCGAGCUGAGCAAGAAGCGCGAAGUUGUUCCAGACCUCGCCCCCAUGCUAUGGCACUCGUUUGGCACGACUGCUGCACUGCUCCAGGAGAUUAUCAACAUAUACCCUGCCAUCAACCCAGCUACGCUUACUGCCUAUCAAAGCAACAGAGUCUGCAAUGCUCUCGCUCUCCUUCAAUGCGUUGCUAGUCACCCUGAGACGAGGUCUGCUUUUCUGCAGGCUCAUGUACCUUUGUUCCUUUAUCCGUUCUUGCAUACCACGAGCAAGACGCGACCCUUUGAGUACCUGAGACUUACCAGCCUUGGAGUGAUCGGAGCGCUGGUUAAAACUGAUGAGCAAGAAGUAAUCACGUUUCUACUCACCACCGAAAUAAUACCGCUCUGUUUGAGGAUCAUGGAGAGCAGUUCGGAACUGAGUAAAACAGUCGCUACGUUUAUACUCCAGAAAAUACUGCUCGACGAUAGCGGACUUUCGUAUAUAUGUCAAACUUACGACAGAUUCAGCCACGUCGCUAUGAUCCUGGGAAAAAUGGUUCUGUCCUUGGCCAAAGAUCCCUCCGCCAGACUCCUCAAACACGUUGUUAGGUGUUACUUGAGGCUAUCGGACAAUCCCAGAGCACUUCUGGCGUUAAGGCAAUGCUUACCAGAUCAACUCAGAGAUAAUACUUUUGCGACCUGCUUACAAGAAGACAAAUCUACUACCCACUGGCUGAAUCAGUUACUUAAGAACCUGGAAACUGGACCUCAGCCAGGGCCUCAAAAUCAGCCAGGGCAACCAGAUCCCAGGACGAUCGGCAUGUCACCCCUGACAUCAUAGACUGAUUAAUAAUUUUCCUAUCGUGAGGUAGAAAUGAUAUUUUAGUAAUGACUGUUGAAUUAAGUGCCACUUGAUAAGAGAAAGCAGUGAAGAUACUACAUAGGGUAAGAAAGUUAUAAACUUAUUUUUCUUAUUUAGUGAAAAUAACAACUUCACACUGCCACGUGAGGGAAAUAUUUUGGCCAAAAAGAAAAAUGGAUCGAUUCUCCGUUGUAAGGAUUUAGUUGGCAAGAUUAUUGAAAUUUGACAAGACAAUAGUGAAGUAAAUAAAGAAAAAAACAAAAAAAAGAAAGACAAUUGUUUUGUAGCAACAGUGAUCGGUAAUGUAAAAAUAUGAAGAAAUUACUGGUAUGAUUAUUGAAUAAUGACUGGUACCAUUCUGAAUAUAGUCGUUUAUUACUUUGUCAUAAUUUUUUUUUCUUUUCUUUUUUUUUUAAUCAUGUUCCUAAAGUUUUCAAAAAUUGUGCAGCCACUUCGAAGUAUGCCAACAUCACUGUCGGAUGCCCGUGUUUAAAACAAUUCCGCUAUAAAUGCGUUCAGACAUAAAAUAUUUGUACAUUAAAUUUAUGUUCUCACGCUCUUGAGAAACAGCAUGUUAUGAAUAAUUUCAAUGAAUUCAUUGAUUGUAUUGAGUUUGAGGUAAGCUUUCGCAUCGCAAUAUAAUUUUUAACAUCGGGAAAUUUGCGUAUCUAGUUUUGAGUUCUGUGAUUGGCAGCAGCGGCGAUUUUUCCUUGUUAUACAAAUUCUACCGUGAGGAUAUUAUUUGCGAGGUUUCUUUACAUUCAUAUUAUUUUAUAUGUCUCUCUAUACAUGUAUAAAAAAAAAAUAUAAUCAAAAAAACAUACAAUGGAAUUGAACACUUUUGAUUUACUUACCGAAAUUGUUCACAAUAACAAAAAUUACAAAUAUUCUUAUUUUAAAAUAUUGAAUAGUAGCCAGUGCUCAGGGUUAUCUCUUAGAUUAAAAAGAGUAUUUCAUCGUUAUAGCUCACGUUACUUCAUUAUUACAUUAAGAUCUUACUUAAAGAAAAUUACCUGUGUAUCUUACUUAAGCGCACAAUUUAUUAUUAUAAUAAUUUCAUUCAUUUAGCUGUAAAACACUUUGUAUUAAUUAGCGAUGGUCUCAAUUUCAUGUGUUUAUAUUAUUUGAAAGAAGAGUAUUGCAGAACUGCGAAUUAGAUCGGAUGAGGAGGGGUAAUUAAUUGUAUAGUUGCGGUUCUUUCAAAUGCAUAAUAAAAAUCUCCUAAAUCGCAUCGCAUCAUUACAAUUACGAUAGUUAUUAUUUUUAGAACCCGGUGCACGCCCAUAAUGCAGAUAUUAAUACGCUGGUAUAAUUAUUGAAAGGAAGUUACAAAUUAUUCACGGGACUAUGCCAGCGUUUACAACAGUGUGUGCAAAUUUCUACGUAUAGUAAAUUGUAAAAUUCGUUCAACAUGUAUAUAUAUAUAUUAUGUAAGUAUGAUUAUAAGCAUAAAAUAUGUACCUUGCAUGCUCUGUGUACUCUUGGGUGCGCCGAGAUAGCCAAAAUUGACAUUUUAACCAAUUUCUUUCUUGUUCUUCCCUCUGAUUUUCUCCUAGCAAAGGAAAAACAACGCAAAGAUGAAAUAAUAUUCAAUAGGUUUAUUGACUUUAAUGAAUCUAUAUAUAAAUAUAUGUCACUAGUCUAACUAUAUAUAAUAAUAAUAAUAAUAAUUGUUAUUAAAGCAAUGUAUACUUGUGUAUAAAGAUAUUACGUGAGAAAGUCAUGCUGCAGCUAGUAAGAGAUAUAUAUAAUAUUAAGUUGAUGUAAGAUUAAUGCUGCUCUUGGUGAUUGGCGUGCAUUAUACAUAUCGAUGUCUAUGUUUGUGCAUAUACAGUUGAUUGAUUGGUUAAAAUUUUCAGAUUCAAAUAUUAUAUGUAUAUGUCUGCAAUUAAUUAUACGAUUUUCUUAAUUA